GCUUGCAUGUGUUAUUGAUCUUUGCAAACAUCCCAGUGAGCCUUGCACAGCAGCCGGAUUGUCAGUGCCGAAAUAGAGAGCUGAGAAUCAACCCAAAUAGUCGAUUUUACGUUUCAAAGCAAGUUACUUUGUAAAUCCAUCAUCAUGUCGACCAAACGCCAGAGAACAGGUGAAAAUGAUGAAAAGAACGGCACCUAUCCCGAUCCGCCUUUCACCCCGUUUCCUCACUUCGGUACCGAUGCUAUCCACGCUGGCCAGGACCCCGAGCAGUGGGCAUCGAACGCCGUCGUGCCGCUCAUCUCACUCUCGACCACCUUCAAACAAGAAUCGCCCGGUGUUAUGCCAGGAGGUUAUGAAUACUCGAGGGGAGGAAACCCAACAAGGACAGUUCUGGAGAAGUGUGUGGCAGCCAUUGAAGGCGCUAAGCAUGCCCUUGCCUUCAGCUCCGGUCUGGGCGCUACCACGGCCAUCUGCCACCUACUGAAGAUGGGUGACCAUCUCAUCGCUAUGGAUGACAUCUACGGAGGAACCAACCGCUACUUCCAGAAGGUCCUCUCUAAAUUUGGCGUCAAGGUGACCUUCGUCGAUGCCCGCUACCCCGAGAAGGUCGCCGCGGCCAUGCAAGAGAACACCAAGCUUGUAUGGGUCGAGACUCCCACCAACCCAACCUUGAAGCUAGUGGACAUCGCAGCGGUCAGCGCCAUUGCCCAUCAACAACCCGAUUGCAUCGUAGUAGCAGACAACACCUUCAGUUCACCUUACUUCCAGAGAGGACUGGACUUUGGAGCAGACAUUGUCAUGUACUCGGCCACCAAGUACAUGAAUGGACAUUCCGAUGUUGUCAUGGGUCUUGUUGCAUGCAACGACGAUGAACUCCACAAGAAGCUUCACUUUCAGCUCUAUGCUGCUGGUAGCUGUCCAUCACCUUUUGAUUGUUUCCUGGUCAACCGAGGACUGAAGACUCUUCACGUCAGGAUGAGGCAGCAUUACAAGAGCGGUAUCGCCGUCGCUAGAUACCUAGAGAGCAAUCCUAGGGUUCGCAAGGUCAUCUAUCCAGGUCUUCCAAGCCAUCCACAGCAUGAUAUCUUCAAGAAGCAGAUGAAAGGCUUUGGAGGGAUGGUGACCUUCUAUCUCAAGGGUGAUCUGGAGAACUCCAAGACAUUCCUCCAGAGCGUCAAGGUCUUCACGCUGGCAGAGAGUCUCGGAGGAUACGAAUCACUCGCUGAACUACCUGGGGUCAUGACCCAUGCCUCUGUACCUCCUGAACAGCGUAAGGAGCUGGGCAUUGACAACAGUCUCAUCAGGCUCUCUGUAGGACUGGAGGACACCGAAGACAUCAUCCAAGACCUGGAGCAAGCACUCAAGAAAGCUGUACCUGAGUAGAGGGAGCCCUUCUGUAUGCGAGACAUCCAUCUGGUAGACCUCUGUAGUUGAUUUUUCCCUUUUUCUUUCAUUUCAAGACUAUCGUGUUUGUACAAAAUAAGUUGAAGUAUGUAAGCAUAAGUAUAGGUUAAAUAAUGUUACAUGGUCAUGUAUUCAUUCAUUGUUCUUACUACAAAAAAUAAUUUCAGUCAAAAAUUUCUACAACAUUGCUGUAGUGGCAAUUUGGUAUAAGGACUCUUAUUCAUAAAACAUUGCUAAGCCUCGUUGUCAACUAACUAUGUACUAUAGCUGAUGUAAUCAGUUGAUGAGUAGCUUAGUAAUGUUAAAUGAAUGUGAGCCCUGGGACCCGUUUCACAAAACUUGUCAUCAGUGACAAAUGACAGUCUUUGUUAUAAGCUACUGAAAUCCUUGCCUCUGAUCGGAUAUCAGCAGAUUUGUCUCACAUUAUUGUCAUUUGUCAUUGAAUAAAGGCUUUGUGAAACGCCUCCCUCCCCCAGGUGUUUUCUUCAUUUCAGACCAUAUGCUGUGCAUGUUAAGCAUGCAUACCGUAGUCCUGUACGUGCAGUAGAAAUUGUGUGUGAACAGAAGUGCAUAAAAACAAAAGGGACACCAUUCUCUGUGUGCUUGCUUCAGCUCAUUAGAAGUCCCGCCAUGAUUCUCAAGGCUUUUAUCUUCUCUCCGGAAGUUUGUUGCCAGUUUGAGUUAAUUGUUUAGUCUGCAAACCUGAUUUAUAUAAAUCAUUCAUCACACAUUUCCCAGUUCGUGCGUUCAUCUAAUGCAGCGCAUACCAUUGUAAAGUGAAAACCAUUCGAUCACGUCUUAGGCUAUUCACACUACUGUGGAAUAGCAUUUUACACUGCACAGUUUAUAUGACUUUGAUAGAGUUUGAUCAUACCCUCGUACUUGCACUACCUCAGGUGAAAAUAGUAAUAAUCAUGAUAAUGCUUUGUUUUUGUAUAGGUAGUGCAUAUCACAUAUUUAUCAAUGUCUCUAAGAGUCAAAUAGACAGAGUAAAAAUCAUAUAUGGAAAAGGUAAAUUCAUGUAUUCUCUAUAUUUUGAAGCAGGGAGAAAAAUUCUACUUUUGAUGGUCUGUAUCAGACACGAGCAUUAUUGAAAACAAGCACAAAUGUUUGGAAUCAGAUAUCUAGUUUUUAAAUCGUGUUUAUGAUCAGUACCGUAGCCCAUUGAGAGAGAGAUAGUUACAACAGUUCAUUACUCAAUGAGUUAAAUGAUGUCAUACUCUUCUCUCUGUUCCUCAGCACCAGUAUUUAGGCUAUGUGUGAAAGGCAAAAGUGUACUUUGGGUAAGAAAUGUUGGUGAAUUGUGAUACAUAUUCAUCAUGUGUAAGGAAUUGUAUGUACUGGAUUACUCUCUUUGCUAAAUGUGACUCUAUACAUCUGUCUGUGGAAUCUUCAAAAGAUUCUUCGUUAGCGACUGCCUGCAGUCAUGAAUAUAUGCGCAGAGGCAUUUAAUGAGGACAUGGCAGCAAUGGUACACUAACUUGUGGUAGAAAAGUAUUAACAUUUCCCUUUUUUGGAGCUGUUCUUCUGAAAUAUACUAAAAAUCAAUUAUCUUCACUGCUGACAUUAAUCAAUGAAAAGUGAUUAUUUUAAUUGCAUUGAGACGAGUGAUCCAUUCACCAGGGGGGCGAUUCAUAAAGCCUUUUUUCAAUGACAAAUAACACAAAUCAGUAACAAAUCUGCUGAUAACCAAUCAGAAGCAAGGAUUUCAGUAGCUUAUAACACAAAUUGUCAUUUGUCACUGAUAACAACUUUUGUGAAAGGCCCCCCAGGUUUUCAGUCAAGAUGCUGAGAUUACGAAUCUGUUUGUAUGCCCCUACACAAGGUAUUCUAUCCACAUUUGUCUCUCUCCACUCAGGAGUAGAAAAUGGGUACUUCAAAUAUUGUAAUCAAUGUUGGGGGAAAGAGUAUGAAUAAGCAAGCAAUGCCUAACUGAAAUAUGUGACUGCUUUACCUUGCUAUGCUGAAGAUACAAAGGUAUCACUAAUUUCCAAACUGAAAGUUUCCUAAAUAUUGAUAACCAAGAGUGUAAACCUAUAUUCUGCUCAUAAGCAACAUGAUUAUUCAUCAUAAAAAAUGAAUCAUGUUCCAACUUCUUUAUUUUCACAGUCUCUGUAAAGGUAUAAUCAAUCAUUAUAUUAUAUUUAGUGAUACAUAAUACAUAUAUUAAAUCUAACUUAUUUCUGACUUGCAUAAUGGUUGUGUGCACAUCAAUACUAUCCACAAUGAUCAAUAUGAUCACUUUUAUGGGGAAUAUUUAUCUAUACUUUUGGGACUUACUAAUUCUUUAAAGGAGUAGUCGGGUGUUGUGAAUUAUUUUUGUUGCAAAUACAAAAGUGUUUACUUUUAAUUUGAUCACUAUA